AUGUGUAUAUCUUCUCUACUUCUUCUUUAUGUGUAUAUCUUCUCUACUUCUUCUUUAUCGACGGUUCAAGUUGUUCAGGAUGAGCAAAAGCUUGAUUGUCCUUCGAGCUGCAAACCAACAAAUGUCAUACUAUUUUGUUCUUGUGAUGGAUUGGUUCUUAUUUUUGUUUCUUCUCGAGGACUCUAUGAUUCUUCUGCAAGACUCUAUGAAGAACUUUUGUUGUGGAACCCAUCCACAAGAGAAUCAAUACUACUUCCCCAUCCAGAAUUUCGAGUGGUAUAUUGUGUAUGUGGAUUGGGAUAUGAUGCAACAAGUGAAGACUAUAAGAUUCUUGCAAUUAACCUGAAUGCAGAUCAUAGUUUCAAUACUUCAAUUGAAGUUCUCUCUCUAAAAAGUGGUUCCUGGAGAAAAAUUGGUUAUCCUACUGGCAUUGAGCGUGUUACUGGUUUUAGGAGUUGUGGUAUGGAUUAUUUGUCAUUUCUACAUGGAGCAUUUCAUUGGCUUGGUAUGUCACUCUCUGGAUAUUAUACUACUGUUUCAUUUAAUAUUUCAAAUGAGGUGUAUGGAGAGGUACCUUUAUUGGAGCAAAUGUAUCAUGUAUGCCCCAGCUUCCGCUACAUCGACCGUGGUGUUUCAGUAUUGAGAGGAAUGCUUUGCUUUCAUUAUACGUAUAAUUAUUGGGAGAUGGGCAUGGACUGCACUUUUAAGUUGUGGAUAAUGAACGACUAUGGUGUCAGGGAAUCUUGGACUAACUUUAUUAAAAUACGAGAUACUAAUCUUUUUCAUUCAGCCAGACCAAAAUAUAUGUUUGCGAAUUGUGAAGUGUUACUACAUUGCAAACGUCUCGGAUGCGUUUGUUCUACAAUCACGACAUCUAGAGGACCAUUUGGAUUAUACAACCCUCAAUGUCAAUGUGUUACCGUUAAGCAAGGAAUUGCUUAUGCUGAGAGCUUGAUCUCACCUAAAUCACUUAGGUAUUUGCAUAUGCUUUUUUCCUUUUUCUUCUGUCGAAGAUUAUGUAACAACCUCUCAUUUUAAUGAAUAUAUUUAUUGCUGCUAAAUUUUUGGUUCUGAAUGUAUUUAUCAAAGUUGGUCAGUUUAUUUAUUUCAUGUCCUCAGGGAAGCGUGCCACU